CUUUUUAGAACUUUGACUUAAAAAAAUGUUAGAUUCAGAUAUUCAGAAAGAAAGGGAUCUAGCUUAUGUUGAAGGUGAAGAUUGGUCUCGCCGCCAAAACCCUAAUCUCAUCGUAGCCGUCGCUGCCGCCAUCGCCACCGCCGUCGAGCAAAGUCGCCUCCUCCACUAACUCAUCUCUAGAUCUGGUAGCAACGCCCAAACCUCUGACAUCUACGCCUUUCUUUGACACUGCCGAUCUUCAGCAACAAGCUGUGACGUCAAUACAAAUCCCAAAAUCACCUCUCAUUUCGCACUCUGUCUCUCCCAGCUCGAAUUACGAAUGGCCGAUCAGAAUCCUGCGGAGCCAGAACCAAAGAGCGGCUCCGAUGCGUCUUCUAGGAUCGAGGAAGUGAGUGAGUGGUCGUCGCUCGCGAUUUUUGCCAGAAGGCCUCUGAGUACCGAUCCCAAGGUACGGUUCUAAUUAACUGUGAUUCAAGUUAAUUCAAGUUAGUGAGACAAUGUUAGGGUUUCGUUCUAUUAACUGUUAUAGGGACAAUCUGCGAUAUCAAUAGAAGAUACCUUGAAGAUCAUAAUCUGAACCAACACAAGAAGCUCUAUUCCCUUGAGAUGGAACUUGCUGCUGCUAGGAAUGAGGGUUUUGUUUUGAAGCAUCUGCUUAAGACCAAUGGGAUUUACUCUAAGAGAAAGUCUUUGGUCAUGAUAGGUGUACUCACAACAUUUGGCCGCCAGAAGAAUAGGGACGCCAUUCGCAAUGUCUGGAUGGGAAGUGGUGCAGCUUUGAAGAAACUGGAGGAUGGAAGGGCAUUGUUGCACGAUUUGUUAUUGGAAGAAGUGAAAAUCGUGGAAACAAUCAGGAUAAGGAUAUUGAUCGUGAGAAUAGGCUGACUAAUGACUUCCUAAUUCUUGUAAGUUUAACUAGUCGAAGGAUUUUAUUCUCUUUAAGCAUUCUGCUUUACUGGAAUUUGGCAAGUAUUUUGUGGCUUACUGUGAGUGAAAAAUGAGGUCUCAGAGCAUAAGCUGGUUUAGCUCACUGCCUUUAACUCUUAUG